AUGCAGGCUCGUACAAGACUAUAUUCCACAGUGCAGCCUCGGGAAAAGCCGAAAUGGAGAUAUCUUCUUCUGGGGUCGAUGCUUAAGUCGGUGGUGCUCACGUUGGUAUUUGGGUCUGCAGUGAUAGACGCAGCCAGAGGCCGCAAGGAGCUUGAGGCCCUCAAGGCAGCUUACGAAGCCAAGUUUCAGAUUUUAGAGGACGUUACUAGGAAGAUUAGGGCAAGAGAACCUGUGGAUGUGGCUCAGGAGAUAAGGAUAGCUAAUGCUAUUACUAGGCAUAAGUAUAACUCCGUAACAGACGUUGAGAUCGAUGAGCAGUUUGAAGAAUUUCUAAAAAUGGCAGAGGAGAAUACUACAGAUUCAGAGCCAAGUGCCUCUUCUACUCAACCGCCACAGGAAGCUAUUCUGUCAUCAAAAUUUCUCUAA